CCAGAAUGAUAAAGUGGCGAAGAAUAUGGUAGAUCUAAGUACUCUUCGUUGUGGUGGAUGCAGACAGUUACAUGAUCCUGAACGGCCAUAUGCAUUUGAGGUUGUAUCGUCUGAUGGAACUGGCUCACUUAUGGUACUCGCUGCUCAUAAUGAACACGAAGCAUGUGAAUGGAUUUUUAAGAUUUGCCAAUCGAUUGCUGAAUCUUACGAUGACGAUUCAGAUAGAGGAUGUACGGUSAUGAAGUGUUUUCCUUGUUGUCUUAUCACUACUAAAGAAAAGAUUGUUAUUUGCCUGGCUCAACCAAACAACGAGAGUGAGUACAAGUACAUCACUAGCUCCCCAGUGCAGGACAUCACCAAGAUAUUCGUGGAUAACACCUACAGAAACUAUUGUAUUAUCAAAUUCGACCAUAGUGAACUGAUGAACGCCGGUGAAGGAUCAUGGUUCGUGUGGUUCAAUACCGAAUACGAACUCAGUAAAUUUGAAGCCGCAGUAGCUGAGGCAUGGCGGGAACUAUUUCAGGUUGAUUUACAGUUCUUGGUUCUCGGGGACAACCCCACUCGACAAGAAGCUAGGGAAAGGGCUAAAGYUAUUUCAAAGUUUUAUAGUGAAAAAAUAUAGUUCCUAACAUUUCGGCACCUCGUUUGGACAAAAGAAC